AUGUCGGAGUCCGCGGCCCGCGCCGUGAGCGCCGUCCGCGCCCUGGCGGCGAGCGAGGUGCUGGACUUGGAGGCCCUCACGCGGCUCUUCCUGUCCGCGCACGGCCGCCUGGUGGCGGAGUGCCUGCUCGUCGUCGCCGUCCUCUACCUCCUCCUCGUCCCGCGGUUCCGGUACACGCGCCGUGACGACGUCCCGCUCACUGAAGCGGAGAUCGACCAGCUCUGCGCGGAGUGGCAGCCUCAGCCCCUCGCUCCGCCCCCCGUAGACGGCGAAACAGGUCGCCCCGAUGACGACGGAGCCGACGCGGCGCCUUUGGUGUCGAGCCCGCCGCUGCGCACCGUGAUAGCGAACGGAAGGGAAACCCUCAACUUUGGGUCGGCCAAUUUCCUCAUGGCGGGCGGAGACGCCUCGAUCACAGAGCGCUGCAUAGCGACGAUAUCCAAGUACGGCACCGGCGCGUGCGGCCCGCGCGGCUUCUACGGCACCAUCGACGUCCACUUGGAGCUCGAGGGCCGCCUGGCGGCCUUCCUGGGCCAGGAGGCGUGCGCCAUCUACUCGUACGACGUCGCGACGCCGGCGUCUGUGAUCCCCGCGUUCGCCCGGCGCGGCGACGUGAUCAUGAUCGACGAGUCGUGCUCCUGGGCCAUCCAGCAGGGCUGCGCGCUCUCCCGGGCCACUGUGGUCAGGUAUAAACACAACGACGCCGGGGACCUCGAGGCGCGCAUGGCGGACGUAGAGCGGCAGCGCCGGCGGCGCGGCGCGCCGCUCACGCGCCGCUUCGUCAUCGCCGAGGGCAUCAACGCUUGCGACGGCACACUCGCGCCUCUCCCGGAGAUCGUGCGCGUCAAGGACGCGAACAAAUACCGCCUGAUAGUCGACGAAUCGCUCUCCCUCGGGGUCCUCGGCGCGGCGGGCCGCGGCGCGCUCGAGCACUGGGGCCUGUCGUGCGACGACGCCACGGCGGUGGUGGGAUCCAUGGGCACCGCGCUGGGCAGCAUGGGGGGGUUCUGCGUCGGCAAGUGGGAGGUCGUUGACCACCAGCGCAUCAACGCGUCCGGGUACGUCUUCAGCGCCGCGCUGCCGCCGUUCCUCGCCACGGCGGCGAUCGGCGCUCUGGACCUGCUCGAGUCGCCGGAGGGGCCGGCGCGCGCGGCGGCGGCGCGCGCCAAUGCGCAGCGGAUGCGGUCGCUGCUGCGGAGGGCGGGGGGCGCGCCCGGGCUGCGCGUGGUGGGAGGGAAGCACGACGACAACUCGCCGGUGGUGCACCUCGUGUUGGAUCCGCCCGCGGGGACACCGGGCGAGGCGCACGAGAGGCUGACGGCGGUGCGGGACGGGUGUCUGAAGGAGGGGGUGCUGGUGGCUGUUGCGCGGCGGUCGCGGAUCGAUGCGGCGGUGGCGGCGCCGUCGCUCAAGGUGAUGCCGUUGAGCGGGCACAGCGAUGCUGACCUGCAGCAGUGCGCGGAGGUGCUGGCGCAGGCAGCGCGCGACGCGCUGGCGUCGAAGGCCGCGUGA